AUGACGAAGCUGACCCAUGUGUGUCUUGUAGCACUCGCUGGCUAUGCCCUGGCUGGUCUUGUCGGCACCUAUUUCCUCGUGCGCUUCCGCCGCCUGCACUGCGUUCGGCAGGUGCAGCCGUGGUACUGCAUUGUGCACUACGUGUGCUAUGGAGGUUUUAUCGCCUACUUCAUGAGCGCCGGGUCGAUGCGACGUUGCCGCGGCAGUCAGGACAUUGGUAAACGGACGGCCUCCCUAUGGGGUGCCUCCUCGCAGCUGUUGCCGCGAUGGACAAGGACGUCAGCUGGCGCGUCGCCGCCACAGCCCGACUGGGCACAGCCAGCUUCGCAAUCCUCGUCAGUGUCGACGUUGUGGCAAGUGGGUGUGCUGCUAGGUCAGGUGGUGCUCGAUGCUUUCUUGAGCCCUUGGACAGAGGUUGUACCAGCGUCGUCUUCACCGGCGGCUGCAACAAGGAUAGUGCGUCUUUACGACAUCUACGAGCCUCUCCUGCAGGCCAUCGCCGCCACGGCGUUCUUCAGCAGCUUCGCCCUGCUGUGCAACGCGCGAUGGCGCUACGCAGUGAUGGGCACUGCUGAACGGCAUCCCGGCCUCUGGAGGGCCAUUGUGGGCUUCACCACUACCACAGCUACACCAGCAGCGUUGGUGGGGGCGACUGACGAGGUGAACAAGGACGGCGCUUCCAUCCUCGAUGGAGCAGGCACCUACGCCGCCGCAGCAGCCUCUCUGUCGCCUCCCAUGCGCCGAGGCUCCGUUGUGGCACCUCGAAUUCUCGUCCCGCAAUCCCUCGCAGCGCAGCGUCGGCGUUCGGCCCUUGCGUCCUCGUACGUAAAUCAUGCUCGCGAUCGUGGUGGCAGCACCCAAGGCAACCUCGCAGACAGCGGCGUCAGCACGCGCAUCUCCAUCUCCACCCCUGGUGCGGAGGACGUGUGCGGAGGCGGCGACCUUACCGCCACCGUCCGCGCCAAGCAGGUGAAGCGUGCUACUGGCGGCCACGAGGCAACGGCCGCGGCGGCGCCGAGCCUGAACGACGUUCUGGUGAAGGAUGCGACGCUCAGAGGCAGCCGGCGCAAGUCCUGGCGGCGCAGCUUGCGUCCUGCACGACCGCAGCAACAGCAGAAGCGAACCCCAUCUCCUACCAACGACGACUACGAUGACAUCGACGACGAUGACGAAAAGGUGUGGAACAUCGUGGAACCUGGCAGCUCGGCCAGCCACGUCACCUCCUCGUCCCCCUUCAGAGAUUAUGAGGACCCAUCAAGCACCAGCAGCAGCCGGUGGCGUCGACUGCUGCGCUGCUCCUGGUGGCGCCUGUGGUCUUUCAGUGCUUGUGAGUGCGAAGAGGGACAGGAACGUACCAGCCGCACCGGUCGUGCUGGUGAUGGUGAUAGGGGCUGCUCGUCUCGUGAACGGCACCGCCAUCUCCAGCACUUGCGCCAGCGGUUGCUCGUUGCUUUCUGGUUGAGCGACGUCGUGGUGGUUCUUCUAACAUUCCUGAUGUUUGCUCUGCUAGCGGUGGCUCGCGUCGCCGCCGCCACGGCGACGGCGUCCGCCUGGGCGGCUGUAGAAGCGUCGACAACGCAAGAGAGCUCUGGGCCGGAGCGCGGAAGACGUGGAGGUCAGCGACUGCUCACAGCCACCGCAGCCGCGGCAGCCGUCCCAUGCCCCACAGAGGGCUUUGUCGGCGUAGCUGGGCUGCUACUGCUCGCUGCGGUGCGGGUACUUGUGGGCCGCUGGAUGAGACUGCCCGGGCAACUUCUCACCGCGGCGUCUGCGGCCGCAGCGGCUGCGUCAGUCGCAACGCCCGCCGCACGCCAGCAGCAACUUCGGCCGCGUCUGCCGUGUCGCACCUGGCGGAGGCUAGGCAACAGCACAUUUCGCGGCAGCCUUGAUCUCUGGCACCUUCCGUCCACUAGACGACUGCACGGUAUGGAGACGGCAGGAUCUGCCGCGAUGAGCGCAACCGCAGCAGCAGCCGUGGUGUCGAUGACGCCAGUGCCGUUCCACUUUCGGCAUGUGUUGACGGUCGCUCUACUCCUGCUAAUGCUACAGUUCUUUUCGGACGCCGCAUGGGCGUGGGCGGCGGCGGUGCUGCUCACAACGGGGAGUGCAGUAGCCAACCUCGUCGACGCCGUCGCGGACCCGCUGCGUUGGGUGUCCACCGAGUAUCGCCGCCUUUUGUGUCGCACGUGGUGGGAGCUCUUCUUCUCAUUCUCCUUUACACCGCCCUCCCUCGAAUCCGUGAACGCGCAGGGGCAGCACGUGGCAGGCUCCAUGCCGGCAGCGACGCCGGGGCCGCUCGGUGGUCCGGGUUUGCCAGCGGCGGUGGGCAGAGAACUGCUGGUGAGCCGGGGCAACAGCAUCGGCAUGGCAGUCAGUGCCGCUGUGAUGCCGCCGUUUGGCAGUCGUCUCCGUCGCCACUCCAUCGCCCAUCGAAGUGCGCGCCUGAUGAAGGCUGGCGGGGGCACAAGCCCGCCGUGGACGGUGCGCCGUCUCGGGGCCUCCUUCACCGGCGCAGCCGUCGACCCCGCCUCGUCGUUGCCCCCUCCCUCCGCUGUGACGGCAACGGCAGCGACGGUGCUGGGAGAAGGCGCAACCGGCGUCGUUGCGGGCGAAGGCCGGGAAGACGAUGGGCUCCUCGGCGGCGACGCACCAGGCUCACACGGCGUAGAUGGAGCCGGCGCGGCCGUGGUGACGGCCGUCUCGCCUAUGCAGUUCUGGCACAGUGUAGCCGCGAAGGUGCUGCAGCAAUCUGGCAGAGCCACGGGCGAAGCGGCGGAGCUUGGCAGUAGCAGCUCACGCGCUCUUGGAGGUGCUGAAGAUGUGAACGGCGUCGGUGUCGUCCCCACUGUCGCCACCGCCUUGCUGCACACGAUGCCGGCCGUCAAUCCUCUGACGAUGCUUUCACCGACGCCGGGUAUGGAGCACUUGAGCUCCACGCCUGCCCGCUUCACACGCGAGAACCUAAAGGGCUCGAUGCUGUUGACGUUGCCGACCGUCGCACGCGUGGGCGGGAAGGCCGAGGCAGCGGAGCUGGAGAUGCGAGAGCGGCUGCUCGCGAUGGAGCGCGCGAAGCUCCGGCAUGAGGAGAGGGCGAUGCGGGUACGGCGACUGUCUGCCUCGGACACAAUGGCAGCCGCCUCAACGCUUUCUGACGAGAACGAAACGAAGUUGCACGCCGGUAACCCUCCUGCGCACUCGGCGGUGCCAGGCGCUCGUGAGCACGCGGACCAUCAAGAUGACGGUGGUGGGGCUCCUGAGAAUGCAAAAGAAGCCCAGCAGCAGCAGUCGGUCACGCAAGAUGGAUGGCUUUCACGGGCGCUGGCAACUGUGGUGCCCAGCUUCGCUGCGACACGCUGCAUCUGUGAGGGCGACGGGGUGCCGCCAUCGUCACCGUCGACACAACUGGACUCCACCUCGACGAUGUUGAAUGUGUCCUUCAGCGAGAGCGUAUCGCUCAGCUCCUCGACAGCGCGUGCGUGGACCGAUGAAGAGGAAGGCUUCGCGCGCUUCCUGGAUUGCGUGAGCCGCAACGGCGACAACACGUACGCCCUGCAAAGUUUACUGGCGGUUUACGGCCACACUUAUAGGCAUCGGGUGGACGCCAAGGGACGCAGCGCCUUGCACUACGCAGCCAUGGGAGGGUUUGUGCAGGGAGCGAUCUUUCUCAGCCGCAUCGGCGCUGAGCCGAACGUGCUGGACAAGGCUGGCUACGCGCCGCUGCACUACGCGGUGCUCUACCGCACCGAAGUCCACACGUCGCCGCACAUCACGGCCGAGUCACCGAGCGCAGCCGUGCAAGGGGCCCGACAUCUCGUAGGCAUACCUAUCGUGGAAACCACUGCCGUGCAAGCUGCCGCGCAGGCGACAAGGCGUCGGCGACGCGACCAGCAGCAGCGACUAAAGUGGGUGCAAGCACAGUUGCAGGCCGCCUACUCGGCUGGCAGCGACGCAUCCAGUGGAAUGGAAAACCGCAAGAGCAGUGGCAGGAGCCCACAGAAGACGGCGUGCACGAAGACAGCAAGAGAGACCUCCCUGCGCACCAGGACCGACCCGGUGACCACAAGUACGCCUGGCAAGCCGCUUGCUGUCUCGCCGCUCCAAAUCUUCACGCCGUCAUCGCAGCGGCCGCUGUCGUCCAUGAGCGUCAGUAACGUGGCCGCUGGAAGCACAAGCAGCGCCGUACGUGGGCCGAACCCAACGGCGAUCCCAGCAACAACCACGGCUGUUCCGGCGACGACGGCGGCGGCCGCUGCCGCCGCGGCUGUCGUGGAGCCGGAGGAGGGGCACUGGUACGGCAUGGUAGGGGCACUGGUGCGUCUCGGCGCGCAAGUCGACCUCCCCACCGCGAAAGGGCUGACGGCGCUGCACCUGGCCGUGAUGCAGGGGUCCGUUGGGCUCGUCAACACCCUGUUGCGCGAAGGCGCGAACCCGCUGCUGGGGCUGGAGGUAGAGACACUGUCACUCGCCUCCGUGAUCAACGCAGCCUCGUGUUGGGAGAGCGACAAGGAAAACACGGAAGUCCUCGUCAAAGGCGCCGGCAAGACCGCUGCGCCGUGCAGCUCUGGCGGGCAAGCCAACGACCAGGCCGCAACACAUCCAACGCAGCAGCAGCAGCAGGCGUUGUCAGACACGCCGCAGCGCACCAGCAACAAGGGAAGGGACACAACCUCUCUCGUGUCGAGCGAGAACGACAACUCGCACAAGGCACUGGGAAACGCCAGUGUCCCUCUUGCGGCCUUCACGCAACACUGUGAGUGGGUGGACAUGCAUAUCACCAACGCCGGUAACCCCAUCGCCAACGGGUACUGCAAGUCGCCGCUGCUGCUUGCCGUGGAGCUGGACGCGGAUUUGGCAGUGGCCAGUAUGCUGCACCGCGUUGCCUUGCAGGCGACCACGGCCCGGGUGGUGGCCGGACUUUCGCAGAGUAUGGUGGCUGCCCCACGUAUGCCCGAACGGCCGCCGCCAGCAGCGCUGGCGGCACCUCCAGGAGCCGCGUCUCUACUCGCGAUGGUAUCGAUGCCGCAUGACUCCCUGGCGUCGCUGCCUGUCGCCGCCGCCUCUGGUGGUCUGCCCACAUCUCCCGCAUCGCGAUCCCGCGCCUUCACGGCGUCGGCGGUGCAUCCGCUGGCUGACAACGGUGCGGGAGACGCCGCCACCGCGCUUCCGUCGCCAAUGUCAGCAGCCGCGGCCGCCAUACCCGAUUCGCCAUCCACGCGAACUUGGUGGGAGCGGUGCUGCCUCCACGGCUUCAACCCUGUGCACAUCGCUCUGGUCCUUGGCAACGCGCAGGUGGCACGGGUUCUGCUUCUACAAGGGUGCUACACCGAGGAUGUCGUGCACGACCGUGACGCUGCCGCGGCUCCGCACAAGCGCGUGAGAAAGGCAGAGAAGCUGGGCGGAAGAGCGCGCAGGUCGAGCUUGAAUAAACUGCGGACGAUCACUACAGCGACGCCGGCGCUACCAGAAGGUGCACUGGCAACGACAAGGACGACCGUGCCGUCGUUGCUGUCCUCUCAGGCCACGGCGGCACCCGACGUUACAGAUAGCACCUCACUGGACCUCGCCAGUGGUGCGAACAUCAGUUUCCAUGUGGAAGGGUUAGCGGCGGAGCAGCAACAGCAGCAGCCAGUGCUGGCGCACGUCGCAGCCCCCCUCUCUGAGGAGGCGGACGGGUGUUCGCGGUAUACGAGUGUGAGUGGCGAAGCAGCAGCAGCGCCCACCGCGACCCUCUCCCUCGUCCCUGCCGUCUUCUGGGUGCGGCCGCUGCGCCUGAACCUAUUCCACCUUGCGGCCGUGGGCAAUUCGACAGAGUGCCUCGCGUACGUGCUGCGCUGGCGUGGCGCGCCAGACUACGUUCCGUGUGCGCUGGACGACGUCUUCGAGAAUGAGCAGCGCGGUGAAAGUGUCCGGCGAGAGUCAGCGACGGCGACGCAGGGCGCGUAUCAGCGUCGUCGACAGCAGAGGCGGUUACGCGCCUAUCAAAGUAGCCAAGCUGCUUGCAACCUCGCUGGGGUGGCCGAGUCCUUGGCCGUGGUGGCGGCGACUACCGAGCCGAACCCGCCCAAUGCGGAGGAGUACGUCCUCCCUGCAGAUGGGGGCAGCAGCAGCAGCAGCAGCGCAAGCGCACCUGGGGUAGGCCACAUGAUGGCGAGCGGUGGAGGUGCGGCUGCUGCGGAAGCAGCACCUCUGCUGGAAAAGAUUGUUGAACUAGACGACGUCUCCAGGUCGCCCUCCUCACUGCCCGUUGCCGCCGCGACGAGUGAAGUUGUCGCAGGAAUCGAGGCGGCACUGCAACGGUCGCUGAGUCCGUCCUCGACGAACCGAAGCAGAACAGGCACCACCGAGAUGGCGUUCAAGAGCGACACUGACGUCAUUGCAUCCAGCUCCAGCUCGGACAUUUUCAACCACACGUGGAGCAGUGCGAGGUGGUCUGCUGAAUCCAAUGAGGCCGCCAGCAUGGCAGCGGCGCCGACAACCCCGCUGCGAGAGCGACGCACGCGAGCCAAGCAGCAGGGCUUUGUGCGCGCUCUUGUCACGCUACUGCAGACCAACAUUCGCGUCGAUGCGGUGCGGCGUCGAAUGCGCAAGACGGUGUUCGGCCGCAGUGCCUCUCGGAAGACGACGUCACCCCGGCGUGUCCACUCGCGUCGUCAGUCAUCGCAGCGACUCCGCAUGGACGGAGGAGAUGACGAGGACGGGGACGGCAGCAACGACAACACCGUGAUGGCGAAGACCUGCUUUGGCUCCAUCUCCGCAGCUGCGGCGCUGCACAUGGACAUGGCCGUCUGCUACGCAAACAUGGGCCACCCCCCUCGCCGCCGCAAGAGAGGUGAAUGUGGUAGCGAGAAGGACGCUGACGACUCCAGUUCGCGCAGCAGCAGCAGCAGCAGCAACCACGAAAAUGUGAAGUGCCGCAUUGUUGAGGCUCCCGGUGCACCCCGAGAGCUGUACCGACGAGCUACUAAGGGGGCGGAACGACCUCGCCGGCAGCGCGCCAGCGCCUUCGUUUCGGCGGUGGCGAAGCUGCGCCACUGCAUCACCGGCGUCCCGAUCGACUUCACCCACCUCGCGGCGGUGGAGACAGCGGUGGAUCGGGCCUGCGCACAGAUGGUCUCCGCCAGCUCCCGUCGCGCCCUGCAGCAGGCGCUGUUGAUCGUGGCUCGGCGCCUGCAGAAUCAGCACCGCCGUGCGCAGCUCGUCACGGGACUCAGCUGUGUCGCAGCAGCCGCGACGGCAGCGAUGGAGGCUGCGGCCGCCCAGGACGAUGGACAGGCGUCUCGCGCCGAGAGUGAUGACGAGUCGACAAGAAUCACGACCACUUUGGCCACCGUGGAGGUGUCAACGGGCAAUGUCGGCGGCAACGGGGACAGCGUCAGCGCCGGUAAGAGCGAGUCGCUCAUCAGCAGCCUCAGUCGAAGCAGGCAGCGGGACAGGGUCAUGGAAGCAGCCCACCACCACCACCGCCGCUGCUCAUCUUCGUCCUGCCCUUCUCCGGACUCGCCCUCUGCGAUGUCCUACUACAGCUCCUUUCAUUCAAUCAUGACCACUACCGCGACGACAAUGCGCGGGUCUUCCCCGGCUGCGCCAGAUGCACGUGCCUCGGUUUCCGCGAGUGACGAGGAGAAGCCCCGCCGACGUAAGCAGCACAGGCAGCAGAGCGCGCUGCGGCUUCUGCGCGCACUGAGUGCGGAACUCAACGCUGUCGACACACGCGGGCUGACCCCGCUGCACUACGCUAUCGCCAACCAGAACGCGAGCAUGGUGUACCUGCUCUGCGCCUACGGUGCGACGUUCGCCUUCGCAUCGGAGCAGACGGAGGCGCAUUUAAUGGGGCGCUCGGCAGAGGUGAUCGCUGCCGCGGCCGCCGUUGAGCACCACACUGAUGGCUGCGACAUGGUGACCGUAGUCGCAUCCGACACCCAGCCUGCUGCAAGCCAGGAGGAGCUGCAGAGCACCACGGCCCCCACCGACUCCAUGUCGCAGGCGUCGUCAUUGCCGACUGCAUGGACCUACGCGCGUGCGCAGCUGUCGUCACCGUCCAUCAACGUGUCCACGGACACCCUUUCGUCCUUGGGAAAGAUCUACUACGCGCAGCUGACACCGUCAACGCAGGAGGCGCUGCGGCGGGCCGCCAAGGCAGGCAGUGCGGAGUAUCUUCUCCGGAUGCCGACCCAAGAGGACCGCGAGGCAGAGCGGCAGCAACGGAAGCUUCCCUCCCCGCUGCCUGUGUCUGAAGCGAGGGAUGCGGCACGCACCAAUCCCCAGCGCUCCGUGUCGCCGCUUGCGCCUCACGCGGUGUUGUCGCCCGCUGCCCCGACCACCACUGUCAUGAGCGCCACUGUUGCCGAAAGAGAAGAUUCGCCGGCAACCGCCCAACUGCGCUCGACAUCACCCGUGAUGGUGCCCGUCUCGUGCUUGACGGCCGCCUCACAGCAGCCCACAACGAUGGCCGCCACCUUGACGGCGGCACUGGGCAUCAGCGACGCCGAUGUUGCGACACGCGCUACGGCAGCCCCACCCGAUGCUUUCCUGAGCGCUAAGGAACCACUUGCGAAGGCCUCCAUGAUGACGGGCGGCGUGAAGGACGGCGGUGGUGGCGGGGAUGCGCUGGGCGCACAACUGCAGACACACCUUAUCCACCAGGAGAUCAGAACGCUGCAGUCCAUGAUCGCAGGCAACGAUAGCGGCAGCGUCAACGGCGAAGACCUUGCCGCCUGCUUGCGCCCGCCUCCUCAGCGCCUGCGAACCAGCCCCAAUGCGGACGUGAGCCUGGAUGAAACCGAGGACGAGGCGACGGCGGCAGCGAACUUGAUGGUGGGAAGGCCUUUCAAGCAAGACGUCGGCCAAGAAACACCACGGCAGCCCAACGCGUCGUCGUCCUCAGCGCCUAAAACCUCAGCCGCGAUGCGCACACCAGCGGCUGCGACUUCUGUGGGCGCUGAAGCUGCGAGCUCCACAGGAGUCACGGAGCCUACGCAGGGUGCGCGUGGCGCGGCCGUGCCGCCCUCCUCCCCAUCUUCCAAUGCCGCCGCCGCGGCUGUAGAGUACACGCUGCUGGAGCCGCACGAUGUGUUCAUCACGCACGUUGUACGCAACCCGGCCAAGGCGGAAACUAUCAUGCGUGCGGCCAUGGAAGGGACAGCGCUGCGCUACUUGUUUCUCGCCUCCGUCGUCUCGGGGGGCAGCCUGUAG